GCCGAUUUGUUUUUGCAGUCUUUCUUUUUGUCCGUCAGCGCAUCGGCAGAGCAGAGCGUUCAGUUCAGUUCAGUUCGUAAUCGAUCUGCGUAUUAGUCUGCAGCUGUUUCUGUACACUGAAUUCGGGAAUUGAAACGAAACCAUCACCAGUUUCGAAUUUUGUUUUUUUCCCUGCAAUUACGAUAGCAGUUUCAUCAAUUUUGUCGAUUUGGAAGGGAUUAUUAGUCGAAAGCGGGAGAAUCGGGGGGGCUGCAGGUAGUUGUGGCGCGGAUGGCGUCGUCGAAGGUUAUGGCGUCCAGGUCACCGCCCAAUACGGAUCGCCCACAUCAUCACCAGCCCUCACCUUCCGCGAUAAAUCUCCAUAGUGAUCAUCGCACUCGGGGUUUGGGUUCGAUGAACAUGGACGAUCUGUUCAGGAACAUUUACCCCGAUUCCGACUCCUUUGCCUUGGACAGCAACGGUGCAGGCGCCGAAGAAGCCGGCGGAGGAGGCGGAAAUGGAGGAAGGUCAAGAUCGUCCGGACCUGAAGUCGGAGGGGAAGGGUUGAGAACCAGAAACGGAGCGGCGGACGAGGUAUGGAGGGAUAUCGUGAGCGUCGGGUCCGGCGGAGGGGCUGCGGAGCCGGCGAUGACGUUGGAGGAUUUUUUGGCUAAGGCCGGGGCGGUUACCGAGGAGGAUGUUAGGGUUCCGGCGGUGGUCGCGAUGCCUCCGCCUCCUCCUCCGCCGCCGACGUCCGGCGCUUUCGGAAUGGAGACAGUGAUGAUGAAUCCGACGCCGGUGCCGUUUGCGCCGGCGAUCCGCGUGCAGAAUGGGUACGGCGUCGAAUUUCGGAACGGAUUAGCCGCGGCUGCGAGUGGGAGCAACAGCGCGCCGGUGAGGGUGAAGAGGAGACCGACGGUGACCGUGGAGGACGCGCCGCUCGACAAGGCGUCGCAGCAGAAGCAGAGACGGAUGAUUAAGAACAGAGAGUCUGCCGCAAGGUCUCGUGAGCGCAAGCAGGCUUAUACUGUGGAGCUGGAGACAUUGGUGACACAGUUGGAAGAGGAGAACGCCAGGCUAGCAAAGGAAGAGGCCGAACUGAAGAAGGAGAGGCGUGAACAGCUCAUGAAGAGAAUUAUCCCAAUUGUCGAGAAGCAAAGGCCCCGGAAACGUCUGGGAAGAUCUUGGUCCAUGGAAUGGUAGGCUCUCUCUCUGGGCUCUUAGAAUAAACAUUUAGGGAGCAGAUUGUUGGCCUGGCCAUGGAAUAGACAUUGUCCUCUCUCUCUCUCUCUCUUUCUCUCUCUCUCUCUCUAUAUAUAUAUAUAGGAGGAUGUAUUGAAUUUGAUUGAUCACAGACAAACAGACAGAAAAGAAUAGUGGGGUUUGGGUGUUAAUUUGUACAGGCCAAACAUGGUGAUGAUCUUGAUGAUGAUGAUUCCAGUUAGGUAAGCUUUAAUUUGGUGAAUCACAGCAUAAUCUCUCUCUCUCUCUCUGCUUCAAUGUGUAAUUGUAAUUUGCACAGGUUAGGCUCUCUCUCUCUCUCUCUCUCUCUCUCUCUCUCUCUCUCUCUCUCGGUAGAUUAUGAUUAUGAUGCUUUACUACGGAUUGAAUAUAUAUCUCUCAA